AUGGAGCACACACUGUGGAGAUCUGGACCUGAGCCACAUGUGGACCUGAGCCACAAAUCUACUGAAUUCCUGGAACCCUUUGAGAGAGUGAUUCAACCAGAGGAGCUGUGGUUGUACAAGAACCCUCUAGUGGAGUCUGACCACAUUCCAAAGAGAGUCAUGUUUGCCAUUUCCUUCCUCACCCCGCUGGCGGUCAUAUUUGUGGUGAAGAUAAUUCAGAGGACGGACAAGACAGAGAUUAAAGAGGCAUGUCUAGCAGUGUCCCUGGCUCUCGCCCUCAACGGAGUCUUCACCAACACCAUGAAGCUGAUUGUGGGAAGACCCAGGCCAGAUUAUUUCCAGCGCUGCUUCCCAGAUGGGCAGGUCAACACAAAGAUGCUGUGCACUGGAGAGCCACAACUGGUGUCUGAGGGACGCAAGAGUUUUCCCAGCAGCCAUUCCUCCUGUGAGUUCAAACACACACACACACACACACAUCACAGUCACAUGACCAACAUGGUAACGCUGCACGAAUGA